GUGCUCGCAGGAGAAGGAAAGGCAACCGAGGCGGGCUUGCGCCAGUGCCGGCCUACCUACUGCCCUAGCAACGGCCCGCCCCAAGAAGCAGGGGGCGCGUAUACGUGCCGGCCCCUCUUGGCUCGGCGGCUAAUCCACGGAGAUUCACUUUGGGGGAGAAAGAGCAACAGCAGCAGCCGGUGGCUGGAGCCGCAGGCGGGCGUGAACCUCCGCCGCUGACAUCACUUCUCGCAAUUGCUCCAAGUUGCAAGCAGCCUUUCUCCUCCAGCCUUUUGCCUUCGCGGCACCGGGAAGGGGUUGGGGCAGCGUAGCCAGGAGACGUAGCCAGGGGCUGGGGCAGCGGAGCCAGGGCUUAAGGACAUCCCUCAGCCCGGCUGGGGAAAGACAGCCAAAGACACGCGCGACACGCUCGCCCAUUUACCGGCAGGCUCUGCACAAAGCUGAGCGCGCGGCUUCCUUGCCUUCCUCGCUCCUCCUGCUCCUCCCCUCGGUUCUUUCUAAUGGACAAGAAAAGCAGCGCCAGGAUGAACCAGCCGGAGAGCGCCUAAGGUCCUCGGAGGCUGUCCAGCUCCGGCUGUCCCCCUUCGGGAUCGUUUGCUGACUCGGACGAUUGCGUAGUUCAGCUCGGUCCCACUGCGAGAUCUGCGCCCGGCCUUGGGAAGGCAGAGACGGAGGGAGACGGUUUGAGGAAACCACCGUCUGACUGUUGUGGUUGCCUCUUAACGAGGCUGAAAGGAGGAGGAAAUACGAAGAUUCUCAAAGAGUUCUACCGGACUGAUUGCCCACCCCUCUGUCAUAGAAAAACUGUCUCCUGACAGAAUUAACUUGGAUCAUGGGGAGCAGUAAGAGCAAACCCAAAGACCCCAGUCAGCGGAGACGCAGCCUGGAAUCCACGGAGAACAUCCACGGGGGCUGUUCUGCAUCACAGACACCAAACAAGACCACUGUCUCGGAUGCCCACCGGACUCCCAGCCGUUUACAUGGCAGCACCACUCCAGAAACAAAGCUCUUUGGGGGCUCAAAUACAUCUAGUAUGGUCACCUCUCCUCAGCGCUGUGGGGCACUAUCUGGUGGAGUCACUACAUUUGUGGCCCUCUAUGAUUAUGAGUCCCGGACAGAAUCAGAUCUUUCAUUCAAGAAAGGGGAACGUCUCCAAAUCCUCAAUAACACGAGAAAGGUGGAUGUCAGGGAAGGAGAUUGGUGGCUGGCUCAUUCCCUCACCACUGGUCUGAAAGGCUACAUCCCCAGUAACUAUGUCGCACCCUCAGACUCCAUCCAGGCUGAAGAGUGGUAUUUCGGCAAGAUCACCCGUCGAGAGUCUGAACGGCUACUACUUAAUCCUGAGAAUCCCCGGGGGACCUUCCUGGCUAGGGAGAGUGAGACAACAAAAGGUGCCUACUGCCUCUCCGUCUCUGAUUUCGACAACGCCAAGGGCCUCAACGUCAAACACUACAAGAUCCGCAAGUUGGACAAUGGCGGUUUUUACAUCACCUCCCGCACACAGUUCAGUAGCCUUCAGCAGCUGGUGGCCUAUUAUUCCAAGCAUGCGGAUGGCCUGUGCCACCGUCUCACCAAUGUCUGUCCAACUAGCAAGCCUCAGACACAAGGCCUGGCAAAGGACGCCUGGGAAAUCCCUCGGGAGUCGCUGCGGUUAGAGGUGAAGCUUGGGCAAGGCUGUUUUGGAGAAGUAUGGAUGGGCACCUGGAAUGGCACCACUCGAGUGGCUAUCAAGACUCUAAAGCCUGGGACGAUGUCUCCCGAAGCAUUUCUGCAGGAGGCUCAGGUCAUGAAGAAGCUCCGCCAUGAGAAGCUGGUGCAGCUGUAUGCUGUCGUUUCAGAAGAGCCCAUCUACAUUGUAACAGAAUACAUGUGCAAAGGGAGCCUCCUGGAUUUCUUGAAAGGGGAGAUGGGCAAGUAUCUGAGGUUGCCCCAGCUGGUGGACAUGGCGGCUCAGAUUGCGUCUGGCAUGGCAUAUGUGGAGAGGAUGAACUACGUUCAUCGAGAUCUGCGAGCUGCCAACAUCCUUGUGGGUGAAAACCUGGUGUGCAAGGUAGCUGACUUCGGACUGGCUAGACUGAUUGAGGACAACGAAUACACAGCUAGGCAAGGUGCUAAAUUCCCCAUUAAGUGGACUGCCCCAGAAGCAGCUCUCUACGGCCGGUUUACCAUCAAGUCAGACGUGUGGUCCUUUGGGAUAUUGCUGACUGAACUGGCCACAAAGGGACGGGUGCCGUAUCCAGGCAUGGUGAACCGAGAAGUGCUAGACCAAGUGGAGCGUGGCUACCGAAUGCCCUGCCCUCCAGAAUGCCCAGAGUCUUUGCAUGAUCUGAUGUGCCAGUGUUGGAGAAAGGAUCCUGAGGAGAGGCCUACCUUUGAAUACCUGCAGGCUUUCUUGGAGGACUACUUCACAUCCACAGAGCCUCAGUAUCAGCCAGGCGAGAACUUAUAGAUCUAGGAGUGAAAUCCGGUGCCAAACCCUUUGCGCUGCUUCUUGGGCAGAGGUGUUUUGGGAGAGACUUUGAGACGACAAACUAGGAAGGUUCCAGAGCACCCACCAGGGCUGUGUCCUCAUUUGGAGGAAAUUUGGCCUUCCUUGCAAAGAUGGUACGAGGCCCUUUGUUAAUUGAAAGCAGCCAGGGGCGCUGUAUUUGUCCGACAAAGGCCUAAUUGAUAGGUCGUGGAUUAACCGAGUGUCACAGUUUUCCUUCUCAGUGUGGGAUUGGCUGUGGUGCAGUAGACAGGGUUGUAGGAAAAAUAGAAAGAGUCCUUCCAGGAGAGACAUAAAGGAUAUACCGCCGUUAGGAAGCCAAGUGAGAACCAGGGAUCCUAUUCUGCAGGGCCCGUCAGCCUUCUGGAGUUCGUCCUCUCUCCAAAACCACUCUUAGGUUCAAUCAGAAGGAACGACUGCUUCACCUCCAACAUUGAUAAGCGCUGCUUUGCAGUCUCCGUGACUUCUGAGCUCUUGGCUCAUCUAUGAUUAACUGGAGUGGUUGCACGAUAGAAUGAUGCCUUUUGGAUUUAUAUGGCUUCCAUUCUCUUUUCUUUCUAAACCAGCACAAUUUCCCCCCCUCACCCUUUUUCAUAUCCAAAUGCCACUGCCCAGAACUAAGAGGGAAGGUUGUACCCUACUGAUGUUCUGGACACUUGAUGUUCCAUGUACUUGUGUCUGUCUUCUGUGCCGCUGAUUAGGCAGCUGUGCCACUGUCAGCCUAGGCUCUCCCCUUGGCACGGGUGCAGUUGCAGAUGUUAGGCGUGUAUGACAUGUUGGAUGUGAUGGGCUAGUAUGGGGAACUCAGUUGGCAGGAUUUGGGUUGGGUGACUCUCUGCCCUUUGCAGAGUUGUUGAAAAAUGACAUGAAAUUUUGGGAGGGUCCCACAUGACUCGUACAGACUUUUAAUUUUGAAGCUUGUGGUUCUGGUGAGUAUGUUUGCAUUUUUCAGGACUGCAGGCUUGCCUUCCGGUCUAGUCUUUCAGCCCAAUAAGGAGAGCCUGUCAAGACUAACAUUUUUUAGACCCAUAAGUGGAUUCUCAGCUCCUCUUCCCUUACUCAUUCCCUGCUGCCAGUUCCUUAAUGGCUUUUGUAGCUAACCUCCCUCCCAGGUAUUCCUCGUCUUCCAUGUAACCUUUGAAUGACCCACCAAGCACACAGAUCCCUUUUCUCCCCACAUGGAUACAUCUCAUUCAUCACCCAGUCUGAAGCUCCUCAGUGCCUCAGAAGCAUAGUACUGUGCCUGGGUAAACCUCAGCCGGACGAGCAGUUUUGCAAGCCUGCAUCAGUAAAGUGGAUGCAAUUCUGGUCAAGCAGGGUAAAGGAACCGUGCAGGGUCUUGUUGUCUUAGCCAUAAAAUAAUAUACCCUUAGAUGUUUGUGUGCUCAAAUUCUCUGCUGGUGAGCAGCCCCCAUUCUCUCCCACCCCCAACAAAUUACAUGAUUAUGCGACAUGGUGGGAAUUAGAUCCCAGCAGAGUGAAGUUAACAAAGCCCAUCGAGCUUUACAAAGCUUGGGCCUGUCCUGAAGCCCUAGACCUACUUCUCCGGUUGUCUGUCAUCCUGGGGAUGAGUUUGCUAGCAGCAAAUUCACAUCGAAGGCUCAACUCAGUCUCCUGAUCCAGUAAGCACAUUCAGAGUUUGUAAGCUCCCUGCACAAAGUAAUCUUUGAAGAAAUCUCUUUAAAAAAAAAAAAAACCUUAGUAUCUAGUCCCCAUUGUCCAGUGGAUGUAAAUUGUCUUCCCCUCACCUCUUAGGAGCUCUGUGGUCAAAGCAAUUGGGGAAGAGGAAAAGAGUAGCAAUUCACAGUUUCAGGACAAGGGCAGGCUACACUUUAUGCACAGCUGCAUGCAUCUUUUGUUGGAGACUCUCUCUCUCUUACCAAAAGCAACCUCUGAGGCUGAGAGUUUCAGUAGAGGAAUUGGGAGUGUGUGUGUGGGGGAUACAGAUGGUCUGCUUAACCUUUUCCCUUCUGGAGGUGUUUCCAUUCAGAAUUUUUCUUCCCAAGUUGCUUUUCACCCCACAGGAAGAAGUAAAGAAGGGGCAGGGGUUACAGUAUCUACAUGAAAGUCUUAAGAUAAAGGGUUAAGCAACCUUUCAUCCCUCUUUUUGUUUUUAUUUACUGAAAAGUCAUAUGCAGUUUCAGAUGAGGUAGAGUUUGGACCUCAGAAACCUUAUUCGCUCACCAUGCGCCCUCUCUCUUUCAGUCCCUUGUUUUUCUUGAAUUCUGCAGGAAGGAGCUUCCCAUGCCAGAAUCCGUCCUGCUGUGUCAGAAGCUGUUCAAACAGCCACUGGCAUCUGAGCAGCUGGUAGCUGCUUGCUUUUGAGCUUGUGCAUACCCAGCAGAAAUCAACCUUGGCCUUGUGUGAAGAAGCAACUAGAAGCCACCACUGGUCUGCUUCAUUGCACUGCUCAUUUCUUAAAUCCCCCAAACCAUUUCCUUUGGAAGGGGAAACAGAAGAAAAUUGUGGCAGGAUGGAGAUUUGGGUACCAGCUUUUGGACCCAUUAGCAAUGGGCACUCUGAUGACCUUGCUCGCUUGACUCGCUUCUAGACAGAGGAGCAAAAAGCAAAAUGCUGUUAGCUUGCUUGUCAGAUGAGAGCCUGUGAAGCUGAGGAAACCAGUUCCUGAGGGUGGAUGGAGGGAUAAUGUGCAGUGUGCUAGGAAAGCCUAAGAUGCAUCCCAGGAGCUGACAUGAGAAUCCAGAUUCUGAGCCAUGGUGUUUUCUUAUCUGAGACAGCUCUGCAAAAAUAAGAUGUGUGUCCCAGAUUCAUAACCCGUGAACAGCCUUCAACAUGAUUGAAAAGAUAGCCCCUCAAGAGCUUCUAUGUGCCCAUUAGGUGAGGCUGAAGCUCUUAAAAAAUUUUUUUUAAGGUGAGGCUGAAGGAGUAGUUUAAAAUCAAUAUAGCUGACUACCGCAUCUUGGGCUGAAAGAUUCUCAGUAAAGUAAGACGUAGACCACUGGGAAUUAACUUGCUCUCUCUGCUUUUUUCCUCAAGAUGAAUUUUCAGUGCUCUCACUUGCUCUCUCUUGCUCUCUCUCACACACAGCUUCAUUUCUGUCAUCUGUAUUUUGACCUUCCAAUAUUAUCACCAAAAAUACGUGUGGGACAGUACAGUGUCACUCUGACGUACUCCCAGCAUCCAAUUAGGUCUGGCCCUAAACAUCCAUGUUUCUUCCCCUUGAAACAAACAGACAAGAAUAGUUUUGCACAGGUAUUGAUAGUACUUAGCUGGCCCCAGUACAAAGAAGGUUAGCUGUGCUGAACAGUGCCAAUCCCAUGCAGGGCGACUGCAGUCUAAGGUUAUUGAAAACAAUGGAUUCAGGGUAAUUCAGCAUAGGAUCGCUGUGUAAAUCUUAUGACAAUGAAAUUUUGUGGAAUCUCUGAGGCUGAGGCAUGGUUGCACAACUAACUUUCUCAUUCAGGCCAAUGGUUCCAGUGAGGGUUCCCAAGCCGACAGUCCGAGGAAGAACCCAACACCUUAAAGAAAAAGUAGAUUUUGAUAGUCUUCUGAAAAGUUUGUUGUCCAUCUUGCAUCACCAAGUAUGCAAAUACAAGGCAACGGAAUCUAGCAGUCUUCACUGAAGUGGCCUGCCACUUCUCCCCUCCCCAUCCUCCACCCACCACCACCGAAAAAAAAGAAAGUGUUAUCAAGCUUUGUGUCAAAAAAAGUCCAAGUAGAAACAGAAAGCCAAACCGUGCAUCAAUGGAUAUGCAUUCCUUACAACAGUAAAUGCCAGUGAUGUACCGAAACCUCCUUCUGAACUGGUUUCUUUUGUCAGGAGAAGUUCUUACCAGCUGUAAAAUAGCCCCUCUUUCUGUACAUAGCCUUUGAGAUCACCUAAGCUGUUGCUUGGUGGCUUUGGAUGUUGACAUAAGUGCAUGUGAUCCUUUAAGGUAAUGAGAAUGUUUGUCACAAUUGUUUGUAGCUGGAAUUCAUUGUCAUUAGCUUGCAAGACUUUGGUUGCUGCCUUCACAUAGUCCUCUCAUUUUUUUAAUGUCUACAUUUUGGAUGUUCUGUGUGCCAAAAAACCCUCCAAGAGUAAGAUUUAAAAAAAAAUUCUGAUUAACAGUGGCCUCCUAUGCAGAGCUGCAUCUUUCUAAGUCCACUCAAUCAAAUGGAUUUAGAAAGAUGUGACUCUGCUUGGGCCAAUUUAUGUCAAAACUGAGGUUUCAUUACGAGACUUUUUUGCUGUAAACAGGUGUCUUGUUUCUUUUGUUCUUUGUGGUGCUGUUUCUCAGGUGCAAGCCAAAAAUUCUCAACAUUAGGAACACUUUUGGGUCUCCCCUACAAAAAAAAUGGUUCAUAGCUGACUCCUUGAUGCCACUGCCUGUGAUUCUUGCCACCUGAAGGAGAAUGAAUUUCAGAAGGUAUAACCUCUGUUGAUGGUCCAGUUAGUGCUGGAAGAUUGUUCAGCUUAACAGAAUGAGCUUGACACCAGAGGAAGCACAACCAUCAAGACAAACCCAAAUGGCUUGAAGCAGCAAGAUCCAUGUGGUUCUCUUCCACUCCAUCCUAGAACCUCACCAAAUUGCAAAGGAUGGAGCACAGUGAAGUUUCCAUAUUUUGCACAAACUCCUUCCCCACAUAGUCCUCCUGAUUCAACUUUCAAUCCCUCAGUAUCUUUUUAAGGCAACUGAGCCAAACCACUGUCUUAUGCCAGGUCAGUGGCUAUGUUAGAACCACACAAUAUUCCAUGCCUCACAGCAAUAGUGUGAAAAACCAGCAACAGGGUCCCAGAGGUGGCACAACAGCAGGGUCCCAUGGCUCUGCUGUACCUUUAAGCAGUCAUUUUGUCUCAUGCCAAAUUCCACCUCCUGCAGAACUUUUUGACAAAAAAAAUUCCUUUUUUCCUUGGGAACAGGAUCUGGCCUCUUUUCUCCAGUGUGCCAAUGUUCAGUCAGAAAGUCAGCUCAUUUCUACCGUUCUGUGUUGCUCAUUCAUAAUCCACUUUGUGUGCUUCUUUCCAGAUAUCCUAUGAGACUCAGUGCUGGCUUUUUUGUUUUUUGUUUUUUUAAAAAAUCCCUCUUUUUCUGUGAUGCCUUCAAGUUCUAGUCCCUUUUUGAAAGCCAGAGUCUUCGUAAUGGGCACUCUCAAUCAAUCACAUCAACUGGGGAGGAAUCAGUUUGGGAAUUCAGGAGACUCUGUGCCUUUCCAGACCUUUUUUUCUCCUUCAAGUUGAGCAUCCCCAUGCUGAUGCCUCUUCUGUCACUGCUGAGGGGGAAGUUAGGGUCAGCAUGACUUUCUUCCUUACAGGUGUUUUCUUACAUCCCAAUGUACCAGCAUUUAGCCGACUCUCUGCCUUCCCUUCCAAAAGUAAUUUGAAAUCACCAGUGUGGAUUAAUAACUACCCCACAUAGACAACAGCUUUCCUUUCAUGUAUUUAUUUUUAAUGAAAUGCUCCUCUAUCUACAGCCCCCCUUCACUCACUGCUUUUUCAGUCAUUCCCAGCUCUCACUGAGCUGGAAGGCAAUGCCUGGACUGUACCACUGCAAACCUCUAAAGGGGGAGCCUCACAUGACUAAAUGCUGCUCCAUACCUUAACACACACACACACCUGCAUCCUUUGCUGAAAAUGAAUAUUUUUAAUUUAUUUUAAUAAGUUCUGAACAUAAUACAGUCAUGUGAGGAGACCUAUAGUCUGAAAUGAUAUAGUCCAAACACAAGUUUUUCCACCUCAGCAAGGGCUAUACUAGGCCUGGCGAGGAGAGAGCCAUGAAUGCUCCUUUUAAAUUGGAGUUAGGGGUGGUAGGGGGCCAUCGUUUGGUUUAGGGAUAUGGUAUAUAUGUGUGUGGGGGGGGGGUAGCUUUAACCUUUCCCAUUUAUACCAUUUCUAUUAUCUGGAUUCCUCCCAUACCUACCAGGGUUGUUAUUUGUCUUGUGUGAGGAAAUAAAGGUACCAUCCUUUCAAAUAACCCUGACUGGGAUGGGGGAAUAAAGGUUGCCAGAAUAGCCCAGGUGGAAGGAUUUAUACACCCAUCCCAUCCUAUUGUACUACUAUUAUUUCUACCAAAGCACUGAUUUAUAGUUUUAAAAACCAUCUGAGAUUCAUGAACAGACCCUCUCAUAAAACCAAGGUAAUUGCGCCUCAAAAUCUGUUCUCUGGAGAAGUCUGACUGAGCUGUUUCCCUUCCUGUCUCCUCCACCCCACCUUUCCCACAAUACAGUGUUGAAGCAUUUUUUUUAAAGCCGCCUUCAUUUGUGAGCAGAGAAUUGCACUUUUUUUUCUCAUGUCUCUAGGGGUUUUUCUGUAUAAUCUGGUAGAGCUGUGAUGGGGAAGGACCCUUCUCUCUAGGGAGACGCCACUUUUUAUGCUUGAACUAGACUGAGAGAAAGGGGAAAGGAAGGGGGGCCAGUGUCUCGUGCCAAUGAUUCUUGGAUCCCUUGUAUCCUUUAUCUUUCCCCAAUAUCUGCCAACAGGGAAAAACAACUUCUUGACAAAUACAAAUGGACCAAGCUAGGGGAGAAGCUUCAUUGUGGGAGCGAGACCAGAUAUAUGUGUCUGUGUGUAUAUAAGUAUAUAAAUAUAUAUAAAUGUGUAAAGAUUUUUUUUUCAAGUAUGUACAUUUGUUUUUGUUUUGUUUUGUUUAAAUCAAGGCAAAUAGAUCAGUUUUAAAAUCACUGGUUUAUCUUUCUGGUUUUGGUAUAGCAAUAAUGAAUGAUGGAUGUUAAUUUAAAUGAACAGUGUAUUUAUUUUUGCUGUUCUUCUAUGUUAAGGGCAUCUGUUUGAAAAGAAAAGACUGCAUCCGUGGCUCCCUUUUGCAAACUCCUGCCCCUGUUCGUGCAUGACACAGGCUUCUGGGACUGAAGGAGGGUCACGGAUGCAAAAGCCUGCCUGUCAGGAUUGGAGGCAGAGCUUCACAAUGCAUUUCUGACCAGAAGGAACAUUAAGCCCUGGCAGCCACCUUCCUUAUUCCAUUUUUUUAUUUGAAAAGCCCGUAAUGGAGGACUCUUUUCAGCUAGAGAGUUCCAGUGAGUUUCUGCCAUUGCUUGAAUGAAGUUGAAACAAUUCCAUAAAAAGAUUUAUUCUAUUAUUGUUAAUUUUUUUAAAAAACACACACACAUUUUGUAAAGUCUCGGGAUAACUAUGCAGAGAAUGUGUCAAUCUCUCUCUUCCCCUUGCCUUUUUAGCAUUUAAAAUCUUAACACCUUUUUUUUUUAAAUAAAACUUUUUUUUUGAAAACUAAAA